AUGCCCAACGCAGCGGCGGGCGGCGCCGGAGCAGCCACCACAGCAGCCGUGAGAAGCCCCGGACCCGCCAGCUUUGUUCUCCCUGUAACUGGUGGCCUUGGCCCUCAAGGGAUGAUUCCAAUGCAACAGCAGAGCUUCUCCAUGGUGCCUGUCAUGCAGCCCAAUAUGCAAGGCAUGAUGGGGAUGAAUUACGGUUCUCAGAUGCCUCCAGGAACGAUGACUGUGCAGGGUGGCAUGCCUCUCGGUGCGAUGCCAACAGAGGGGAUGACAUAUAUGGGACAAAGUCCCUACCUUGGAAUGCGUGCAGCAGCUCCUCAAUAUACUCCGGAUAUGCAGAAGCAGUUUGUUGAAGAACAGCAGAAAUGGUUUGAACACCAGCAGAAGGUUUUGGAGGAAGAAAGAAAAAGGCGUCAAUUUGAAGAACAGAAGCAAAAGCUACGGCUUUUAAGCAGUGUGAAGCCAAAGAUGGGUGAAAAAAGCAGAGAUGAUGCCCUGGAAGCUAUUAAAGGAAACAUAGACGGGUUUUCCAGAGAUGCGAAGCUCCAUCCUACACCAACUGCUCAUCCCAAAAAUGCAGAUCUACCACACACAACUCCAGAGUCUAUCCGGUCUACUGUUAGUUACUGUUGCAAAUGUUCUUGUUACAAUAAACGGUUACUGUUACCUCAGACGCCUCUGAUUCUUCAUACAGCCGAUCUAACAGAAAUAGUAACUGUGAUGUCCUUGACUUGCAACCGGGGUUGA